AUGUCUUUUUCACCAGUAACAAUCAGUGUUGGUAUAUGGGAUUCAUCCCAAGGAUAUCCGCCAAAUAGAUGCUGGAAAAGCACAGGUAAAUCCAUUGUNUAUAGUCAAACCGAUAUUCGCUCAAAAUUCAUCAAACUAGAUAAGCCAACUGACGAAACUCAACCAAGACUUCCCAUUCCACCAACUGUUGUUCAUUUACGUCGUGCGAAAGGCAAAGUUGUGCAAGAUUGCGAUGUCUAUAUUGCACGUGCUUGUAACAUGGGAGGCUGGAAUCUUCCGCAAAAAAAAUUUAGAAAACAUAUCGAAUCGAAUGAAAAUAAUCUUCUCAAUGAUCUUCAUGAGCUCGAGGGAAAACGAUUAGGGUGUUGGUGUAAACCGAAACCAUGCCAUGGUGACAUUCUUUGUGAACUAUUCAAACGAGAGAUUCAACAAUUGGCAAAAAAUAUCUCGGAAUAA